AUGGAUCAUACCCCUGGAUGGUAUGUUUCCGUGAGGUCAAAGGGAAUCCACUUCUGCGGAGGUGCUAUCCUCACUGACCGCUGGGUCCUGUCCGCCGCUCACUGCUUCUCCACUCAUUCGAAGGAUUCCCUUAAGAACAUCGACCUUGUGGUUGGGGAGCAUGACCAGACAGUUCUUGAUGCUGAUGAGCAAGUUAUCAGUGUUGAGGCCAUUAAAGUUCAUGAGAAGUUCCACCACUCUAGCCCAAUGAGCUAUGACAUUGCACUUUUGCUGCUGGUCAAAGAAAUCCACUUUGGGCCACUGGUCCAGCCCAUCUGCCUUCCUCUGCCCAGUGAAAUCAUUCCAGCACAGACAAACUGCAUUGUGGCUGGAUGGGGUCGAAUUAAAGAAGGGGGACGCACUCCCUCCACCCUCCAGCAGGUGGAUCUCGAGCUGCUGGAGGCACAGAGGUGCCAGCAUGUCUUGAAGACGGUACGGCCAGUAGUGAACGGGUUCACAGUGGUGUGUGCUGGUCCAGAGCGUGGGGGAAGAGACGCCUGCCAGGGAGACUCAGGAGGGCCACUGGCCUGCCCUGGGGUGGAUGGCCGUUGGGUUGUGGCGGGGGUCACAUCCUGGGGCAAGGGCUGUGGGCGGAACUGGGCCAGUAAUGGGGGGAAGCCCCCAACAAAGCGAGGGUCCCCUGGGGUGUUCACUGACACCCGGGUCCUGUUGCCCUGGAUCAAAAGCAUCAUCAGACGAGCUCUGCCUCCCAGGACGAUACUACCCGAGCUGUACGGAAACCAGCACAGCACAAUAUGUGCAAGCGAACAAGGAAUUACCAUCCUCAUCAGCAUCAUCACUGUCAUCUUCAUCAUCAGGCUGUGUUCCUGGGUCAUUGUGCCCCCCCCUGAGCAUGCCGUCUUGCUGGAGUUCCUGAACCUUGAUGUGGAGUCGGUCCCUCUCUGCUCCCACGAUCAGCUGACUGUCCUCACUGGCUCUGGCCAGGUUGUCGGACGGUUCUGCGGCCGUGAGCUGCCCUCUCCGCUGCUCAUGCCCACACACGGAGCCACUCUGCAGUUCACGUCAGACACCAGCGUUACGGGCCGAGGUUUUUCUGUCCAAUUCACUGCCGUCAAGCCAGACCCCGGGAUGGGCUCAGGUUGUGGGGUCACAGCUCUUCUCCAAGAUGAAGGCUUGGUCCAAACGCCCCGGUACCCUGAGUUCUAUGGCAACCAAUCUCGCUGCCACUGGGUCAUCCAAGCCCCUAAGGCCUAUGUCAUCAAGCUGGAGUUUACCGACUUCGACGUGGAGCAGUCGGAGGGCUGUGUGUACGAUUCGCUGACAGUGCUGGCUGACGUUGAUGGAACAGAGAAGAUAGCUGUGCUCUGUGGAGGCUCCCAUCCACCACCUGUGCUCAGCUACGAGAACCUCAUGGUCCUUCAGUUCCACUCUGACGGUAGCGUCCAGCACCGUGGCUUCCAGGCCCGUGUGUCCUUCAUCAGCCGACAGGACCUGCUGAUGGGUGAUGAGGAGCCUGGCACUGGCAGACAUGCAUCUCUGGAGAUCUCCCAGCCCGAUCCUGCCUGGACGUUCAUGGUCCAGGAUGAAGAAGAGUUUCUGGAUCGGGUCAGCUGA